UUUCACUAACCACCAAUCGCUUUAUAAUUGCAAUUGGUGAAGUUUAGAUUAAAAUAAGACGACCAUAUCAAAGUAACAACUCAUUUCAUCAGUCUCUGGCUGGCUCUCUCUCUCAGUCGGAGGAGAUUAGAUUGAGAUGGCGGAGGCGGCAGUGACAUUCCUGCUGGAGCAGCUGAAGGAGGUGGUGGUGGCGUACGCAGAUCUGAUCGGCGAAGCGGAGAGCGAGUUCGAGCAGCUGAACCACGACCUGGAUUUACUAAAGGCCUUCCUGAAGCAGAUGGCGAAGAACAAGAAGAAGGAUGAAAUGUUGAAAUUAUUGAAGAGGCGGAUCAGGGUUGUGGUGUACGAGGUGGAGGACACCAUCGACACUUGCCUGACUAAAGCUAUCCAACUCAAGGCCAGGAACCACCCCAUACUAGGCUGUCUCACUGAUACUAAUAAUAGUGCCGGUCUAGCCCUAGCCAAGGAGGUCAGAGCCCUUAUAGAACAAAAACUGGCGCCGUUGUAUAAGGAUGCUGAGAAGUUUGCUAUCAUGAGGAUUAUUGCCGAUGGAGCCAGGAUUGCGGACGAACCAUCCACUGACAUGUCAACAAGGGAUACACUAAUCAGUCAAAACAGAGUAAUAGGUUUUGAUGCGGAGGAAGCUGAAAUAAUUGAUCAUCUCACGCAAAGUAGAGACAAGCUUGACGUUAUGUCCAUCGUGGGCAUACCUGGUCAGGGGAAGACAACCUUGGCAUGGAAGAUUUAUCAGAACAAGUCCAUCUGUACUCAUUUUCACAUUCGCAUUUGGGUUUCAAUCUCUCAAGUGUUCAACAGCAAGGACGUGUUCCUCCAAAUCCUCAAGAAGUUCAGCUCGACUCAUGACACCUCGAGUCUCAAUGAUGACGAGCUGGCUCAAACAGUUCACUCGUGUUUGAAGAAUGAGAAGUUCUUGUUAGUGUUGGAUGAUGUAUGGAGUGUUGAUGCAUGGAAAAAGAUCCAGGCAGUUCUUCCAUCAGACAAUGUGGAGGGUAAAGUCCUCAUUACCACCCGAGAGAAAGCCGUUGGCGAAGAAUCUAAAGUUUUUACAACUCCACACUAUCUCAAUCUCCUAGCUUUGGAUAAGAGUUGGGAGCUCCUCCAACAUGAGGUGUUUGGAGAUUUGAAUAAGUGUCCAGAAAAUUUGAAGGCCAUUGGGGAACAAAUAGCCAACAAGUGUGAUGGAGUGCCACUGAUGAUAGUUCUCAUCGGAGGUAUUCUUAAGACCAAACUCCUGAAUUAUCGAUUCACAGUUGAGCAAGAGUGGACGACGAUAGCUCAAAGUGUGAGUGAAGCCUUACAGCACAGAGCAAAACAUAUAACACAAGUGGUGGAGUUGAGCUACCACAUAUUGCCUGAUGACUUGAGAGAGUGCUUUGUUUUCUUGGGUGUAUUUCCAGAGGAUUAUGAGAUUCCAGCUAAGAUGUUGUGUGGGCUAUGGAUUUCUGAAGGAUUUGUACUGCCCAGAAGAGGGAGAAGCAUUGAGGAAAGUGCGGAGGAGAAUAUGAAUGAUCUCAUCAGCAGGAACUUGCUCAAAGUCGAGAAAACCAAUCACAUGGGUAAAGUUAAAACAUGUCGUGUUCAUGAUAUGAUACGUGCAUUCUGCAUAUCCAUAAUUAAAGACGAGAAUUUAUGUGAUGAGGUUAUACCAUCAUCUGAUAUUGGGGAACUUGAACCUUCAGGUUCUCAGCUACAAAAGUCUCGCCGUCUUUGUUUCCGCUCAGAUCUGUCUACCUUCCUGUCUAAAAACCCAUCUGGUCCCCAUGUUCGUUCGUUUUUGUGUUUCUACGAGAGGUCUGUCAAGCUGGAGUCGAAGUAUCUAGCAGUUAUACCAGACGGAUUCAGAAAGCUUAGGAUUCUGGAGUUUAAGUGCAUCGAAUUGGAACAGUUUCCUGGAAAUGUUGUCAAGCUAGUCCAUCUUAGGUACCUCACCUUAUAUAUUGAAACUCUCAAAGCUAUUCCCGGGUCAAUCACCCAGCUAUGGAACCUACAAUCUCUUGUAGUUGAGACCAAGUCUCCUUCCAUUACGAUGAAAGCAGAUUUGUGGAGAAUGGUGCGGCUGAGGUAUCUCAAGACGAGUGCAGCUAUUUUCCUAGAUAGUACUAAAUCUGAUGGCGAAGCAGGGCAGAACCUUCAUACGUUGAAGAGAUUGGCACCCGGAUCUUGCACUGAUGUUGUCUCCAAAAAGGCUGUAAACCUCAAGAGCUUGGGGAUUUCUGGGAAACUGGCCUCCAUUUUUGAAAAUAACUUCCUACAAAAAUUGCAUCAUCUCCAAAAUCUGAAGCUUUAUGAACAGCCAUCUGAAGAUAUGUUGUGUGGUCGUCCCCUCCGAAGCCGUUUCCCGCCAAAUCUCAAGAGGCUGACACUAAUGAAUACAUCCCUCGAAUGGAAGCACAUCUCCACGUUGGCCAUGAUCAAGACCCUCGAGGCCCUUAAGCUAAAAGACAAUGCAUUUGUUGGAGUGACCUGGAAUCUUGGCAGUGACACCUUUCUAAAUCUCCAACUCCUGCUGAUUGUGCAAGCAGAUUUGUUUCGGUGGAAGGCCAUGCCCGGGGCUUGUCCUAAUCUCAGGUUUCUCGUGGUUAAAAAAUGUGAAAACCUCCAAGCAAUCCCAGAGUGUCUUGGAACGAAUCUGGAGACAUUGGAAAUAGAGAAUGUUCGUUCUGAUUUGGUUCAGUCUGCCGUGAAGAUUGAAGAGCAACAGAAGCAACCGCGCCCUAGCAAAAAUGAGGUGCCUCUUAAACUCAUCGUUGGUCCGGUUGCAGCAGCAUUGAUGAGGCAGGCAUGAAGCAGCAUGAAAUGAAAAUCAAGUUCAGCAAUACUGAUGAUGGUGUGAUUGGUCUUGCGCUUUGUUCGAAUAAAUUACUGUAUUUUCCAAUUCAAGAUGAAAGACGUCAUUUGUUACAUUUCCAUAUUUAAACAAUGCAUUUCUGUGGUGUGGUUACUCAAAAACAUUCUACUUUCACCGUUAAUAAUCAUCGUUUGUUUGUUUGUU